AUGAGCCCCGCGCGCCCGCGCGCCCGCGCGCUGCUGAGCUUCCUGGGCGGGCUGGGCCCGCAACUGCUGCUGCUACUAUUGCGUCCUCCGGCUGCGUCGGGUGACUGCAGCCUUCCCCCAGAUGUACCUAAUGCCCAAGCAACUUUGAUAAGUCUUACAAGUUUUGCUGAAGGACAGAGAGUAACCUACAAAUGUAACAAAGGCUUUGUAAAAGUUCCUGGCAAGGCAGACUCAGUGGUCUGUCAAAAUAAUAAAUGGUCAGAGCUUGCUGAAUUUUGUAAUCGUAGCUGUGAUUUUCCAACCAGGCUACGUUUUGCAUCUCUCAAAAAGUCUUAUACCCACCAGAAUUAUUUCCCAGAAGGUUCCACUGUGGAAUAUGAGUGCCGUGCAGGAUACAUAAGGGACCCUUCUCUCUCAGGAAACAUAACUUGUCUUCAGAAUUUUAUGUGGUCCAAACCUGAUGGAUUUUGUAAAAAAAGAUCAUGUCCUAAGCCUAGAGAAAUAGAAAAUGGUCAUGUCAAUAUAACAACUGACAUACUACUUGGUGCGGACAUCUAUUUUUCAUGUAACGCAGGGUACAAAUUAGUUGGUGCAGCUUCUAGUUUCUGUGCUCCUAUGGGAAAUACUGUUGGGUGGGCUGAUGAAUUUCCAGAAUGUCAAGAAAUUUUAUGCCCAGAGCCACCAAAAGUUGACCAUGGAAUGAUUCAAGAGAAACAAAACAGUUAUGCAUACGGACAAUCUGUAACAUAUAAAUGUAUGGAAGGCUUCACCCUACAUGGAGAGAGCUCUAUCAAUUGUACAGUAGAAGAUGACCAAGGAGUGUGGAGUGGCCCCCUACCUCAAUGCAGAGAAACUUUUUACAAUGUCAUACCAACAGUUCUGAAAUCCAUUGAAGUAAAUGUUCCAGGUACCAAAGUCUUAUCAACUCCUCAGAAACCCACCACUAAACCCACCACUAUUAAUAUUUCAGCUACAGAAACCCCACCAACUCCUCAGAAACCCACCACUGUAAAUAUUUCAGCGACAGAGACCCCACCAACUCCUCAGAAACCCACCACUGUAAAUGUUCCAGCUACAGAAACCUCACCAACUCCUCAGAAACCCACCACAGUGAAUGUUCCAGCUACAGAAACCCCACCAACUCCUCAGAAACUCAUCACAAUAAAUUCUUCAGCUACAAAGCCCACACUAGUUUCUCAGACAUACACCACUGUAAAUGUUCCUGCUACAAAGGUCCCAUCACCUUCUCAGAAACCUUCCACAGCAAAUGAUUCCGCCACGGCAGCCUGGAAUUCCCCAAUAUCAAACACUAUCUCUACAGCAGCUCAGAAUCCCAUCAUGGCAAAUGCUUCUACAACCACACCAACAACCCAAAGAUUCACCCCAGCAAAAUCUUUACUUACACAGAAUCUUAAAGCUACACAGAAGCCCACUUCUAUACAUAGGACUGAGGGUCUCCGUAUAACACACAGAUUGACCUCUGCUCAUGUUACAGCAGCAAAAAGCACAGCUGUUCCCAGGACGAGCCCGCGUUUUCAUAAAACAAGCACACCUAAAGGAAGAGGAAGCGCUCCUUCAGUUGCUAGCAUCAUUGCAUCGGGAUGUGUUCCUGUUACUGUAAUAAUUUGUAUCAUAAUUCUAAUCAAAAUUUCCCGAGACAGUGGAAAAUCAGGGACAUAUGUAUAUAACAUUGACAGUUUUGCUUAUGAUGCUAAUAACCGUUGGCUAACUGAGAAGUUGAGAAGAAAGUGUUUUGCAUGUUAUCUUGUUUUUAAGAUGCAUAGGAAUGUCCACGAAGCAAGGAAAGAUGAAUCUGUCCUGGAAUCACAGUCUCAACACUCCUAA